CUUUAUUAUGCUGUUAAUUAAUUACUGCGUGUCACUGCGCGCGCACCCCUUCACACGCUCGCUUGCUUCCUGCGUCCGCCCUCAGGAUCUGAUCUGAGCCAACCCAACCCAACCCAAACCGCAAUCCCAAGCCCAUCGCAUCCGAACACCAACUGCCAGAAUGAUCCGGCCACACAAUCACACGCCAGCUCCAGCACUGUCUCAUUAUCCCCUUCCUCGCCCACCUCAUCAUCACUCUUCCUCCUACACUCACCCACCUUGAAACAUCUUCACCACACCCUCCAACCACCGCCGGCACCACUCAGCUAGAAAACUCUACAAUAAUAUCUCAAUCGUCAGCUCCACCAAGAAAUAAUUUCAGCCGCCGGCCUUCAGAACUAAAAACCGCUCAGACAGUCUUCGAAAGGCUGCACUAGCUACGUCUGCUGCCUGUCGCCUAACUUUCUCAUCGAACCACGAUACCACAACGACACUGUCCACCUAUGGCCCUGUCGUCCUCAAGCACCGCAGGCCGGUCGCCGUCAGCCUCGACUGCUCGAGCGGACAAGAACAAAAAGCAAGGCAAGAUUAUCAUACUCAAGCUGUCACCAAAGUUGCUACGGCAAUUUGAAGAGCCUACGGCCAAACCAGAAGAACAGUCGACAGCAUCGGUUGGUUCCUCGCCGACGCCUCCAGAUGAAGAUGCUUCCACACUCAAGGUUCCCGAGGCCAAUGACAACGCCUCAGAGUCCAACUCAACACCUGCACCUACACCCACCGACCCUGCUGCUGCCGACGGCUCAAAGAAAAAGAAAGGCGGCGCAGGAGGGGCCAAGAGGAGUCUUGGGCAGAUGAUGGAGUCGAAUGGGACACCAAAACCACGCGGCAAGCCAGGUCCAAAGAAGAAACCCAGACUGGAAGAUGGUUCGAUUGACCACGGUGCGAACAAAGGUUCGGUCACCACAGGCCCCGGUCUUGGUGGUCACAAGCUAGGACCAAAGGCCAACCAAGGCGCUAUCAACGCAGGCCUUCGAGCUCUUGACCGAUCUGGCAAGCCUUGCCGCAAGUGGGUGAAGAAAUCCUUCACCUUGAAGAGCUUCACUGGGGUUACUUGGGAACUUCCUUCGUGGAAGGGUCAUGAAAGACCUGGGCAGGUGAACGGUGAAGAGUCGAGCGAGACAAAAGACAUCUCACUGCAAAGUAGCAGCGAUGUCAAACCAAAUGAGAGCGACGCCGCCAUGGACAGCAACGCCGGUGACCAACCUGACCCCAUGGCAUUGUCUACACCGGCUGCCAGUUCUCCGCCUCCCAUUCCACCGCAGUCCUCAGCUAUCGCAGCACACGGUUAGCCAGAAGAUCUCGGGAGGGUAUGUUACAACUAUCAUUCAAUGUCUCCCUAGACGAGAUAUGGAUGGUCAUGGUUCCACUAGAGUGGCAUACGACUCUUCGACUGAUCAUUGAUGCAUAUCAGCGCUCUCACGACAGCAUAAUACGGAAUGACGUUGAACGGUGUACUGAGUUGGCGACAGGCAGAGUUGCGAAAAUCGCGAUCAUAUGUUUAGCACGGCGUUAUGGGGGUAGGGAAAAUUUGUCCGAUGGCACAGCGGCGCAACCAAUGAGUCUAUGGGAAGGGGUGUUCCUUCACGCUGGAGAGCAGGCCUCACAGAAAUAGGCAAAGCGGCGCCGAUACCUCGAGGACAAGUCGAGCUUUUUCGAUUUUCCGCCUUGAAUACAGCCUGGUAGGUCAUGUUUAUGUAUGAAUAGAUGCGACUUCAACAUCCGA